AUGUAUAAAGCAUUCCGAAGUCUAGAGCUGACUAUGCUGCUUGACCAGAGAUCCAGCAUCUCGGACCUCGUCUCCUUAUUCCAAGGUAUCUUUGCCAGAGAACCGCCUCUUGUGGCCCGAGAAUCUUCUAGCCAGCUACCACCAGCUCCCCAACAGCAUCAGAGAGCCCCGCCUCCUGUCCCUCCUCUGCCCCCCGAAAUUGGAAGAUCAAAUCACAUAUUACCUACAGUUCAAAGCCCAAAGCCUGAUAGGCCACCGCCAAAGCCACCAAAAGGCGAGGAUACGGUGUCGAAAUAUGACAGACCAGCGCCUCUCCCACGCCAAGGGCAACAAUUAAGAGGUUAUGCUCCACAAGCUGUUGUUCAUACGAAUGCCCAGGUAGUGCCUCCUAAGUCGGGAGCAUUGCCCAUCUCGGAAGGCCCGCCUCAACAGCACUUACAGUUCGACCAACGAGUCCCCUUUGCCCAAGACCCGCGGCGUUCGUUCAAUGGGCCAGCAACACCUAUCAGUCCCCUUGAUAAUAAAGUCGGGUACAACAGACAGCCGGGAACUGGCCAGGACUCUCCUCAUUAUCCUGCACAGUACCAAACUUCGCAAUAUGGGAACUCACGCGCUCAGCAAUCAAACUUCCCCCACCCACCGAUCCAACACCCCACUCAGCAACCUCCGCUGCCGCAAGCGAUGCAGCCUCCGAAACCGAAGCCUGCAGAAGAUCUACUCACUUCACCCUUUGACACGGCCAUGCCUCUCCAAGUCACGAAUGUCGCCCCGCCUCCAAUCCCGCCAAAUCCACAGAAAGACGCUCUGCUGUCCACACUUUCCAGGACCCUCACUCAACAGAUACAAGCAGUCCACAAUUCCAACAUGUUAGCAAUCACCCCUCUACGAGCCCAGCAGGCUGCUCUCACCUCCACCUUAAACGCCAUCAACCGGGAAAUCUCCCAACUGGACGACCUGGAAACCCUGCUCACCUCCAAUGAAUCUAUCCUCCGUCGAGCAAUGCGCGACGCGGAUAAAGUGCUCGAUGAUGCAAAGAGACGGAAAGUGCCAAAUGUAGAUGAAGUGCUUGUCGCGCCAACAGUGGUGGCCGGCCAGCUGUAUCGGACAGUGGCUGAGGAGAAGGCUAUCGAGGAUGCUCGAGGUGCUUUGGGUAAGGCGUUGGAUAAGGGGAAGAUUGGGGGCUUUGUGUGGGCAAAGCCAAGUAUCAGCAACCCUCCCGCAGACAGCAUCCUCAGCCUCGACAAGAGCACGGAAGCAUGGCCCAAACAGCUCGACAAAGCCUGCGAAUUCCUAAGCAUAGAUCUGGCUGCUGCAAGCAGAAACGCUUUCCCCUCCCAAGAAAAUGGCGCUCCUCGAACGAAUCCUGCCUUCGACCCGUUGGCGGAAUACGCCUUGCGAUGGCUGCUCAAGAGACUCCAACCGGAGGAGGGCAGGCCGAGCGAGCAGUGCAAGGUCUAUGAUAGCUGGGUGCUACUACAAGAGCUGGUGAAGCGGAAUCUGGCUAGUUGUGUGGCGAAGCAGCUAAAGAGUCAUGGGUUUAAUAACAUUGUGGCUACGAUGAUGGUGUGGUUGAGGGACGAGGCUGCUAAGGAUCUUGCGAAGGAAGGGCCGGUUAGGGUCUCUGAUUUGUCUAGCAAUUCUGGGUCGCCGGUGCCUGCUGGGGUUGUGGAAAAUUUUGAUGCGUCGGAUAAUCCGGAGUCGUCUGCGUCUUCUGCAGCAAGAGAUGCGGAUACGGAGGGAAAUCUAGAGUUGGCUACGCUUGUUCCGGUAUCAAGGUCGAGGAAAAGGAAGAGGGGCAAUACAACAGCUACGGGGACGACUCCAGCAAGAAAUACUGAUACAUCAAGCAACUCAGACUUGUCUACGCUCACUCCGGUAUCAACGUCAAAGAGAAGAAAGAGGGGCAAUACAACAGCUACUGAAGCUUCGAUUUUUCGUGAUAUUGAUGUCUUGUUCACGGCCAUCUGCGGAGCCUUACGGCAGAUCGUGAAUCUGACAAAACGAGAAUUCGCGGGCUCGCAAGAGUAUGAUGCUGAGCUGAUGAAACAUACAUUGAAGAUGGCUCCGGAAACUUUAGCAGAAAUAUCAGGAAGCACCUUUUACCUGGUUGUCUAUUUCCUUCAGAUGCCCUUACGAGAUUCCCGGCAAGAUCAAGCGGCCGUGUUCGCGCUUGAAGCGGGGCUUGAGGACGUUGCUUAUGAGCCGUGCCUAUCUCCUGUAUUCCGACUCUGGGAGCUGAGGUCCGCGAGGAGCCCUCGUACGUCUGUCAAGGAAGUGAAUCAAGCAUUUGAGAAGUUCUGUACUGUUCCAGCUCUCCAAUUGCUUCGCUUAUGUGAGGAAUGGGGCUGUUCAGAAAUCGCAAUGAGCCAAGUAUCUGACAGGCUGAGAAGUCUCUUGACCAGCCAUAUUGUCCUCCCAUUACGACUUUCGGUGCUUGAGCCAAAUAAGCUCGACGAGAAGGCAGAUUGUUUCGUCGGCGUUAAAGAAAGCUUCAUACGGGAACUACGAGCACGCUCUCUCGUUCGAAUGGGCUGCUACACGAAAGUCGAGGCAAAAACGAUGCGUCAUCACAAAAACGAGGACAAGGUCCAGCACACACAAAUGACGUUACUAUCUCGGUUCUUCCGGUUGGCACUUAGUAUUAAGCCACGACAUUCUCAGAAACUUCGACAGGUGGAAGAUUUCUGGAUUGAAAAGCUCUACACCGCUCUUGAUGAUGUUGCAGCUACAAUUCAACCGCCGAUUUCCAGGACCAAGGUACAAAAGUGUCAUCAGCGGUUGCUUCGAUGGAUGCUCGAGGAUGUCAAGAAGUCAAAAGUGGAAAUGAGCGACAAGACAUACCAGCUAAUCUUGGAAAAGGCUACAAGCUUACGGCAAAAUGAAGUGAAGGAUCAGCUUGAAUGGGAGAUUGUCUGCUUGAUUCUCUCAAUCGAAUCAGACAUCUUUGUGGUACCGGACGUAGGAGAGGGAGAGAAGAGACCCAACGCACUAUUGACUGGGCUGUUGACUUCUCUGACGAAUUUUGAACCGGAAGAUAUCGAUGCGCGGCGAGCUAUCUUCGAAAAUGCCCUUAAUCCAUUGUUGGAAGGCUACGUCCGAGCCCGGGAUCUGACAGGUUUUUUUGACCAUUGGAAGGUUCAGAUCGAUGUUGUGCAGCGGAAAGUCUCUGACUCCGCGGAAAGUGGACUCACCGGGACCUUUAGCAUUUGGGAAGAUGAGGAUAUGAUUAAGGCUGCUGCAGUGCACAUUGAAAGUCUAACCGUGCAACAGAUCAUCGAUUUUGCGUCAAGCAUGAUAGGAGAUCUGUCUAGGUCCUGGUCAACAUGUGUCAUCCUUGAGAGCAUCUUUCGAGGAGUGAGACGGAAUGACACUGAUAGUAGCUUUGUUGGCUUGGUCAAUUGGGCACAGGUCGUCUCGAAGAGCCUGGUUCGGUCUCUUAAAGAACCAAUGGAGCGUAAUGUUCGGACGAGGUGGAGAAUAUGGAGAACCUUGACCACUAUCCUCCAUUGGUCUACAACUCACGAGUAUCUCAUGUUGUCGCCGGUAAUGAAGGAGACGGUUAAGCUUGGCUUUGAGAUAAUUGGUUCCGUUCCGUCUUGUUCAGAGACACCGGAAGGACUCCACGACUACAAGGAACAUUUUUAUGCUUUUCAGUUCCUGGUAGAUGCGAUGAGCAUGGGCGAUAUCUGGGGUCCUGGCAUUUCAACAUCAAAGAAGUUGCACAAAGCUGUCAAGAAGAUCAUGAAUAUUAUGAAACCUUUUCAUCGCCGUUUGGAAAAUGAUAUCUGGCAAAAUCUCAAACCAGUAGGGGAAGACAUGGCAGUGUUCACGCCUGGGGCAGAUAUCCUUUCCAUCGAGAGUUUGUAUCUGGGCUGCAUGGCUCUCAUAUUCUUGAACUCCAAUUUACUUAGACUACUCGAUCAGAAAUUUCGGUGCAAAUACAUAGAUCGAGUGUAUGGAUGCGCCCUCUAUCAACAAAGAUCGUCGAUACAGCCGAGUGCCGAUGUGAUCGAUUUUGGUUGGCCUUGGCGGCAGCUCCUCCGUAUAUUACCCACUAUAGACAAUCUUGAAACUUAUAAAUGUGUCCGUGACCUACAGAUCAGUCGUUAUCUCAAAGCCUCGCAGUUUGAAGAUCCAAAAUUCUUCAAUAUUGGUUCUGCUGAUCACGCUCUGGCCUUCGAAAGCCUUCACUUUAUUCCUGUCGAAGAGCUGAGUGCGGGACAACGAACGAUUCUUGCAGACUGCGUGCUUCGAACUCUGUUAAGCGGUCGCACAACAACUUCUGAAGAUAUCUCGGAUCAUCUCAAUAUGCUUUGCAAGCUGAUUAGCAAGCCUGAGAAGCGUAUGUGCAUACUACGAAACCUCGAACCAGCCACAAAUGCAGAUCCAGCACCAAGCAAUGAGCCCGUCUUGACUAGACUUGCUAAGCUCACGAGACCUGCCUCGAGAUUGCACCAGUCAAAAGCUACAUGUCUGGAUGCUUUCAAUCGGCUUGUACGGCGUGUCAUGAAGUACCUAACUUCUACAAUUCAUCGGAAAGAGUCCGUUGAUGUCUUAACCGAGUACUUACAAUGGAUCAGUUCUGAGCCUCAGUACUUUGCUCGAAUUGACCUCACUUAUACAUCAUUUACGGUCAUUGGAGGCGAGCUAUUCAAGGCUUUGUAUGAUUGCGACAAUGAGCUUGCCGCAGGACUGGCGCGAGGACACGUAAUGCAGACAGCUGAACAAAAGUACUUGCGAAGGCUUCUCGAUACGCUGAAAGGUGCUGUUGCUCGUAGUGGUGGUGAUAGGAUUAACAUUGCUUCUGCAGAAGACAGACUUGAGCUUGGCAUUGUUCUAGGAUGCUUGGUUGAUCAUACGUAUACGCUAAGAGAGAAAUCCUCAGAUAACUUUGAGAAUAGAUGGGUCAACCAACUCGGUCUGCUCAGUCGAGCAGUGUACGAAUUACAACAAAAACCCGCCUUAAGUGAAGAAGAACUUGGUAGCCCCGACGUCUGUGGACUCGAAUAUCUUGCCAUACGAUUGGCUCGCCUUGACCUUGCCUUACAACGCCAUAGUGACGGCUUUGUGUAUUGCAUUUUAGAGACGGCAAGAAUGCUCAGCCCACAGGACCCAAGCGGGAGUUCUAUGGAUCCCCUUAGCGCUGAAGAGGGUACACGUCGCUUCGCUUUGCGCGAGACUACAUUAAGAGAUGAGAUGAGGAAAAUCGUUCACAACGCUGUAUCCUCUCUCGACACGGAAGAUACGUUGACGCUACUGACACAGCUCAAUGAAUCCGCCGCCCUAAGUGAAGGUCAGCUCUACGUCUUCCGAGCAGUAAUACUCUCCAUCGACCAAGAAGUCUCACCGGAAAUGAAAAAAUCUAUCUCCCGCACAAUAACCACCCUCUACAGCUCCCUCUGGUCUCCCACCACCUCUCUCCGCCUUGCAAUCCUCUCCCUCCAAAAUAUCAACACCUUCCUCACCCUCCACCCACACCUGGCAACCCAAUGGCACAUCGACAACCUCCUCCUCGCAAUCUCAAAACUCGGCCACCAUCUCCUCCUCCACCGCACCAGCCUCGACUCAGCCAAACUCUACACCUGUCUCACCCGCCUCUUCACCACCCUCCUCCGCGCCCACCGCACCCGUAUAGGCGGCCGCCACCACCUUGUCCUCUCAGCCCUCCAGCCCCUCCUCCGCUGCCUUUUCACGCCCUUCCCACCUUCCCCCGACUCCCCGCCCCCUCCACCUUCUAUCUUCAACGAAACCCACGCCGCUGACUACGCCCGCGUACUCACUCUGCUCUGCGACCCGACCGUCUCGUCCGUCUCGCGUAAGCGGAAGCGGAAGCGCGGACACGGUGGCGAAUUGAAUGAUGAGACGAAGACUGCAAGGAGGAUUGCUGGGCAACAUUUGCGCGUCUGGGUGGUGGAGUAUUGUCAGUGUUUGCUAAUGGGGAAGUUGGAGGUGGGGGCGAGGGAGAAAUUGAAGGUGGGGGUGUGGGCGGUCUUGGGGGUUGUGGAUGCUGCUGGUGGGGGUGGGGAUGGGGAGGGAGGAGGAGGGGGGGAGGGGAUCAAGAUUGUGAGUGAGGGGAUGGGCAUUGGGGAGGAGGGGCGGGGUGUGCUCAUGGGGGUUUAUAAGGAGUGGAAACGGUUUGGGCGGUGGAAGGAGGGGCUACGAUGCGGUGCCACCAUUCGACCCUUCCUCCUGCCAAAGACCCCCAAAGAAUCCCUGGGAAAGCGCUCCCCCUCCCCCUCCCCUUAUACAGAGCCACCAGAUUUCUCUCCCGGCCCAAACGAAGCCAUCUGCAACAUCACAGCCUUCAAGCUCUACACGGGCUCCGAACCCUCUUACACCUACACCUCCACCGAGAUCACGAUCCUGCCGAAAACCCGCCACCGGUUAGCGUGGCAGUUCAAUGACACGGUUUCACGAACUGUGACGCUGCAGAGCCGUGAUCCUGACGAGACUGGUGCGUGGAGAAGUAUAGUACUGCAGGGAGGUGAGACGGGGAAUGCUAGGGUCGAGUUUCCUGACGAGAGGGCUGUGAGAGUGGUGGUGGAUGUGGCGAAGCGAGUUGGGAGUUCGACGUUUGAUAUGUUGGUUGUGCUCUAUCGAUGGGAUUGGAGGGUUGUGAGUGCGGAGGUUGAGUGA